AUGGCUCGCACUGCUUUCGCUGCUCUGGCCUUCGGCAUGCUCGGUGCCGCCAACGCCCUGGAGGUCGUCUCGCCCGCCGCCGGGAUCUCGGUGAUCGCUGACAGGACGUACACCGUUGAGUGGACCGGAACCAGCGACAGUCGCUUCGAAAUCGACCUCUACUACUGCGGCUCCUUCUGCAUGGAGGACGAGUGCGGUGACUGGGUGACGGCCCUUUGCCCGUACGGUGCGGAUGGCUGCCCCGACACUCAGGGUGACUACGACAUCGUUAUGCCCGAGCCCAUGGCCGGUACCUCCAGCGGUUACAAGGUCGUUGUAACUGACUCCAAUGACGAGUCCAGCAUGGGCUGCUCCGGCGACUUCACCCUGGUCGCGUCCACGGAUGCACCCGCGGCUGGCGAAGUGGGGUACAGUCUCACCGUCACUUCUCCCUCGGACGGCGACACCGCGAUGGCGGGCGGAGUGUACACCGUUGAGUGGGACUACGAGAACGGCUUGGGCUCCUCCACGGACCGUUUCGCGAUCGACCUUUACUCCUAUGGCACCGGCACCGGCGACUGCGGAACCUACGUGGCUACCCUCUGCGACAAGCCCAGCAUCGGCUGCCCCGACUCGCAGGGUGACUACGACGUGGAGAUCCCGUCGGACACCCCUGCCGGUAUGUACUCGGUCCGUGUUGGCGUCUUCUCGGACGACAUGAUGUUCGACUGCUCGGAAGGUUUCGAGAUCGUCAACGACAGGACGGACAUGUCGAUGCGCCUUUAAGGGAAUGCCCCGUUUCUCUGCUAGGUCCCCAUUGAAAGUAGCUGGAACGAGUGAAUUCUGUUUUUGCGUCAUUGAUAGAAAGAAAGAGACUUGAGAUUGUUGGUGGUGGAAGAGGAAUUCUUACAUAAGGCGGAGACAGGACAAAGUCGAGAAAAAAAGGCAUGUGUUGUUUAAUAGAUUUUCGUCAUUGUUAUUCGUUGUUUUGCCGACCUUUUUCUUCUCCAUUUCGUUCGUGUAGUUGCUUCUGGUGCUAUUUACCCGAUCAAUACAGCCUUGCCGGUCUUCUUGGUGUUGUGUUGGUAAUGUCGCUGCUGCGGUAUCGUUCCUCCUCGACUAGGAGAACUAGCGAGUGGCGACGAUAUGGACCGGGGGGGGGUGUCCAUGUGCGCCGUGGUGUAAUGGAAUCGUUGUCUUGUUUGGAGCCGCCUUCAUUCGAUAGGCGAGAAUAUUCAAUGUUUGGGUUCGCUCUGUUUGGG